AUGGCUAAGAAGACCGUAGAAGUUUAUUUAGAAAUAACAAAAAAGACAACAAGAAAAAGAAAAGAAAUAUGUUAUAAUGAAAGUUUAGAGAAAGAUCAUUCAUCAGAUCCAGAAUAUGCAGAGAACUCUAAGGAAAAACAAAAACUAAGAACAAAAUGUUCAUAUAAAAAAGUAAACUGUGAUGGUAUAGAUAAGGGUUUUAUCAUUCUAUCAGUAGAGACUUCAGAGAUACCAAAUCUAAAAGAUACUACUUUAUAUAAAAUUACUCUAACAAUUAUUGAUAUCAUUAGAAACUUCAGAAAAUAUUAA